CCGGGUCACAGGCAAUCGGGCGACUGUGUGUUUUUCGCCGAACAGAACAAAUGGAUAUAAUUCGGGAUAUACCAAUCUGAGUUGGGCCUUCCAAGUCUACACCGGCUGUGGCUACGGUCGCAACCCACGCAUGUCGCGCGUGAUGCAUGCAGUCAUGAGAUGUGUUUAUUGCAAAGCUGGUUAUCUGCCUCAAAGGUCUCAAUGUUAAAGACGCCUUCUCCUGGUGAACUACGUUUUCCUAGAAGUCUAUUUUUACCCGUGCACUUCACAGGAUGUCAGCGGCAGUGACCUCUGACACAGAAACUUCACAACAUUAAAUCUGUAAUCAUAGGUUUGGUGGCUGUCAUAUUUAUCAUAUCAUUCCUGGAUUCAUAGCACUGGGACAAUUUGUUUGACAUUUGACGUGAAACGCAUUUCCUGUUUCAAAGGAGAAGCAAUGUGAAUAUUUGGUUGAAGUCUCGGAAAUUGCACCUGGGCGAUCCACGAGAGGCAACAAGGAAGUUGAGAGUCGGACCUGUACACAGAUAAUAUGUUAGUUGGAAAUUCCCAUGCGUUUAAGUGAAUCUGACAUCUUAUACCAGUGACCAGAGCCGUGCUGACUGUACACUGCCAUUCCUUCAUCGCACAGACCUUCAGCAUCAUGGGUGGAAAACCCAGUCGAGACGGCUACACCAAAAUUGAGGAAGGGCGAAAUAAAAUAAUUAAGAUUGUUGUGAUCGGGGAUUCUGUCGGCAAGUCGACCCUCAUCAGACGGUUUACCGCCGACAAGAAACUGAAGACCAUGGCAAUGGAGAAUUCAGCAACCUGGGCUAAAAGAGUGACCGCUCCUUGGACAACGGCCGAGAUGAAUAUCUUCGAACUGCGCGGACCCAAAAUACGUCUUUUCUUCAGCUUUCUUCUCCGUAACGCUGACGUCGUCCUUAAACUGUACGACGCCACAAAUGAGCGUUCUCGGGACAAUAUUAAAAACAAAUUUUCCAGAACAAUUAAAUUCAAGGCACCGAGGGCGAAGGUGUUCCUUGUUGGUAACAGAGCGGACGUCGACGUCGCUGAUGCCGAGAGAGGUGUGUUUGACGUCGAUGAGAUUGAUUCAAACCAUGGGCGUAUCAAACACUUCAUUGUGUCGGCGGAGACGGGGUACAAUGUGGAACGCUUGUUCAGCCUCGCUGUCAUGGAUGCUUUUCCAGAAGGAGAGACGGGCCAUUGCGCCAGGGCGCCUAGAAUGGAUUACGAUAGCCCCGCGCAACAUAUUUGCAAAGACGUAUCAGCAUACAAGAUGAACACCAAAGUCAAAGGCAUUUGUCUGAUAAUCAACAACAAAGAUUUUGACCAGACUGACCUCCCACCCGACCAAAGAUUAGCCACGCGACACGGCACGGAAACCGAUGCAAGGAGGCUACGAGAUUUGUUCCAGGAAAUAGGAUUCCAUGUGCAACAGAAGGACAACCUCACUGACACUGAGAUGCUGCGGCAGUCGCAUGUGGUCGCCUACGCAGAGGAUCAUUCCGGGUACAGCUGUUUCGUGUGUUGUAUCCUGUCACAUGGGUCCGAGAACAACCACGGGUCAGUGUACGGGGUCAACUGCCGCGACAUCGCCAUCUCCUCCCUGACCUACCCCUUCCAGGCACGCAAUUGCCCCUCCCUGGCCGGCAAACCCAAGCUCUUCUUUAUACAGGCAUGCCAAGGAGACAAGUUUAUGAAGGGGUUGGAGACAGAUGUCCCUGACGUCGUCCCAAGACCUAGACGUGUCGAAAUCAUCCCCGACGAGGCUGACUUUCUCCUCAUGUUGUCAACCUGCCCCGGCUACGUGGCCCUGCGCAACAUCGUCGAGGGAUCUCACUUCAUGCAAGAGCUCAUCUCCACCAUCAAGGGGAGCUCCGGCUGGACCAUGAUGGAGAUCGCUAUCAAGGUGUGCAACAGGGUUUCUAGGAAGGACUUCAAUGGCCACAAGCAAGUGCCCUGUCUGAGAUCAACCUUACGAAAGUCCGUCAUUCUGCAUUGAUGUUCACGUGCAUUACGUUAGGAGUUGGGGUUUAAUGCCGCUCUGAACUCUACAUUUCGGUUAUACAGUAAACUACGUUUAUAACGAACACGCGUAUAACGUACUGACGGAUAUAACGAACAUAUGUUUCGUCCCGGCCAUUUGCUGUAUAUAUGAUGUGUAUAUGCUUAUAACGAACUACGGUUAUAUCGAAUUUAAAUAAGUGGUCCCUUUGAGUUCGUUAUAACCGUAGUUUACUGUAUCUGUGUGUGUGUGUGGUUUAUGUGAGAGAAGAGAACGCUGGCUUAACGCCAUUUUUAAGAGUGUUUAAUACGUCAUAUCACGUCAGCUUGACGUGGGAGGGAAUCUCGAUCUUAGACAUUUGCAACAAACCCAUGAACACGUGUGGUGCUGAUAAAUAUAGAAACGUAAUUAGGGCGAACCUGGACUCGAACACACGGAUCCUAGGUUUCCGGGCCGCUCUAAACACUUCGUACUGGUAAUUUUCCGUGUGAGGUCAAUGUGUGAGAAAAGUAAAGCAGGUUGUUUGGCAUAUUGAUGAAACCCACGGGCAAAGCAUAGUACUUACAGACCAUGGAUCAUAGCUGGAUCGAACCUGGGAGCCUUGCUGGUGGCUUUAGGUAGUGUAACCUUUGUCAGCCGCCAGAUGAAGAACAAGUAAAUAUACAGGUCAAUAUAUUCCCCGUGGAGAUUCCGGGUCAGAAUAUGUGGAGUAGUUUCAGGUUACUACGAGAUAGGUGGAGUGUCAAACAAACAAACAAACAAACAAACAAACAAACAAACAAACAACUGAGUAUACCGAGUUUGUAUUUAAUGUAAUUGACAGUUGAAAGAACUGCUGUUUAAUUUGAUAAUGUCUAUUUAAAAAUCACGCAUCCCGGCAACAGUUUUUGAAAACUAAUAUGUGGCUCGGUAAUUUUGUGUAAAAAUAUAGUGGUUCAACGAAGACUGGCGCAAGAAAUGAAUUAGCAACCCCUACCGUGUUUGAAAUAUAAAUUUGGACCAAAAAAACCAUAUUUGAUGAUUUAAGAUAUAACGUCUAUGAAAGCCAUCAGCAUUUGUGUAUUGUGCAAAAAUUCCUUUUUAUUAUUUAAAAAAAAUAAUAAUUUAAAUUUCAAAUCGAAUUAUAUUUUGAAAACAAAAACCCAAAACAAGGAGAAGUAUUCUUUGAGUUAUGACUGAACGCAAGAACAGUUCAUUUUGUGGAUAUAAUUCCAUAACUUAAAAUAUUUUCAAUUGAAAAUCAAUGAUAAAAUCAACUAAAAGGUUGCUCCUUGUGUUAUGUUACAAAGAUAUACGUCAUAUAGACAGCUACGUGACAUAAGCAAACGUGACGUAGACACACGUCAUAUUGACAGACACGUGACGUAGAUAAUAAUAAUGUAUAUCCUCCGCUAGGUCGGUAUACAGGACGUCUAGUGUUCAUGUGUACUGGGCGCUCUAUACUAGGGCGCGUUGCAAGCCAUGAAUCGCUCAGAGAAAGCAAAUUAAUCGCUCACCCUGAUGUCUGCAACAGUUCGAAGCGCUUGCCCACUCUUCCAAAAUGGCGGCGCAACUAGCGCUUGGUUGCCUUGACGUAAUGAAGAACGUAA